UCCACUUUAUUUAUAUACACAUCUCAAACUCUCACAAGCACAUAACAUUUCACACACAAUUGAAGUCAUGGACUGGUUUUCAUGGCUAUCAAAAACUGGCCUUGAGCCUUCUUUAGUGUAUGAAUACGGUCUAUCCUUCUCUCACAACGAGCUUGAAGAAGACGACAUAGUUUACUUCAACCAUGAGUUUCUCCAAAGCAUGGGAAUCUCUAUAGCCAAGCACAGGCUGGAGAUUCUCAAGCUUGCUAGGAAAGAGAAAGGAGGGAGUCCACAUCCCAUGUCGAGGCUCAUUGUCGCGAUCAAGCGGACCAAGAGGUGUCUGGCCAAGUGUAUUCGGACAUGGGCUCGUCACGAGGACAAGGGUGCUCUUGUGGUGGUGCAGAGGCGGAGUUAUAGUUCUAGGUGGAAGGGUGCUAUGUUGAAGAGGAACAAGAGGCUGUUUGUGGCUAAGCAAGGGGGGACACUUUUGCUCACAAAUGGUAGUCCUAUGGACAUUUCUGGUCCGAGGGUUUAUAGCUUUUCGAGUCCAUUGGUUCAUGAUGAUUUUCGCGAGGAUGAGAAGGUGGAUGGUGAUGGUGAUGGUGAUGGAUAUUGGUCGACUGGAGUUGAAGAAACUAGGUGGGAUACAAUGUUUCAGGAUUUGAAACCUACUUGAAGGUGGUGUGGCUCUCUCUCUUUGUUUUUUUUAAAAAAAUAUUUUUUUUUUGUAAUGUUAAUGUGAAUGGUGAGAGAUUGGUUUUAUGUUUCUUCCACCAGAGAGUUUUGGCUUGGGUGUUUUAUUGUUUUUAGGAGAAUUAGACCUUGUUUUUUAUUUUAGUGGCGGGUCAUUCUCAAAGCCCACUUUUUAGCAACACUAGGGUCUGUUUCAAGAGUAGGUAUUUUGUGUGCAUCUGGCAUGUUAGAGCCGUCCAUGCAUAACACGUACGAGAACAGACGAUUCUGAUGUCUCGGUACACGGUGUACCGAACACACCAAUAUAUUCUCAUCUUUUAGGAAAAAAAAUUAUCGCCUUGUUUCUGAAUGGUUGUUACAUUUUCUAAGCUUGGAUCCUUGGAUCAUUGCCCUCUUUGUAAGUUUUGACUAUAUAAUGUUAAAAUUUUAGGAAUUUAAUUAGCA